AUGGAUCCACGACGUUUACUCAUACAUCAGUGUCCGUUCUACUCUCAUCCUCUCGUCGUCGGAGUCGGCGCUCAGUGGACACCGGCUUGGUAUUACUACGCCGAUUCACCACCGGAGAGUUAUUACUCCGAUUCUCCACCGGAGAGUGAUUACAACUUCAGUCCUCCGGUUGAUACUCUCCAGUUAUGCGUUGGUAAUCGAUCUAUCGUCAUCCAGUUGUCUCACUGUGACCGUGUCCCAAACAUCCUCCACAUCUUUAUCGAAGAUCAAGAGACGACGUUUGUUGGUGUGUGGAAUAGUCAGGACGCGAGAAAGCUUGAGGAAUCUAAACAUCAGUUAUAG